AUGCUAAAUGCUGUUAAAAAAAAACCAAAAAAAAACCAGGAUUUCCUUAUUUGGAAAAUUGGCGCAACACGAUCUUCUCUCUCUCUCUCUCUCUCUCUCUCUCUCCCUCUCUCCCUCUCUUUCUCUGCUUGUGUGCCUUUAUCUUGCCUUCUUUCUUUCUCUCCCUCUCUAGACACCUUUCUUUCUUUCUCUCCCUCUCUCGGCACCUUUCUUUCUUUCUUUCUUUCUUUCUUUCUUUCUUUCUUUCUUUCCCCUCUCGGCACCUUUCUUUUUUUCUCUCCGUCUCUCAGCAGCUUUCUUUCUUUCUCUCCCUCAUUCGGCACCUUUCUUUCUUUCUCUCCCCUCUCCCGACACCUUUCUUUCUUUCACACCCCUCUCUCGGCACCUUUCUUUCUUUCUUUCUCUCCCCUCUCGGCACCUUUCUUUCUUUCUUUCUUUCUUUCUUUCUUUCUUUCUUUCUUUCUUUCUUUCUCUCCCUCUCUCGGCACCUUUCGUUCAUUCUCUCCCUCUCUCUCAGCACCAAGCUUUCUUUCUCUCCCUCUCUCAGCGCCUUUCUUUCUUUCUCUCUCCUCUCUCUCAGCACCUUUCUUUCUUUCUCUCCUCUCUCGGCACCUUUCUUUCUUUCUCUCCUCUCUAGACACCUUUCUUUUCUUUCACUCCCUCUCUCAGCACCUUUCUUUCUCUCCCUCUCUCAGCACCUUUCUUUCUCUCCCUCUCUCAGCACCUUUCUUUCAUUCUCUCCCCUCUCUCAGCACCUUUCUUUCUUUCUCUCCCUCUCUCGGCGCCUUUCUUUCUUUCUCUCCCCUCUCUCGGCACCUUUCUUUCUUUCUCUCCCUCUCUCGGCACCUUUCUUUCUUUCUCUCCCUCUCUAGACACCUUUCUUUCUUUCACUCCCUCUCUCGGCACCUUUCUUUCUUUCUUUCCCCUCUCGGCACCUUUCUUUCUUUCUCUCCCGCUCGACACCUUUCUUUCUUUCUCUCCCUCUCUAGACACCCUUCUUUCUUUUUCUUCCUCUCUCGAUACUUUUCCUCGUUCUCUCCCUCUCGUGGCACACUACCUCAUUCUUGA